UUGUAUCGUAUGUUGCUGGAACAUCAACGCUUCGUCAAUACGAAAUUGCUGAGCAGGUUGCCAGUGCAGGUUUAUGGAAGAUUUUUGCGGGUACUAAAAAAACGACGGGACAAAAAGUAGCCAUAUUUACAUUUGAAAAAAAGAUUAUAGACAAUCCUCUAAGGAAGAGUUAUGAUAAAAAGGAGACUGAAAAGGUUUACGCGGUUUUGAAAAGAGAGGCUAGUCAAUUGGCGCGACUUCGCCAUCCGUCAUUAUUAGAAGUUGUUGAAGCUGUUGAGGAAUCAAGAACAGUUAUUACAUUUGCAACUGAACCUAUUUUAUGUUCUCUUUCUAAUUUACUUGGGAAUUAUGAUAAUUUAUCUCCUGUUUCAGAUGAUAUUAAAAAUUUUGACAUGGAUGAACUAGAGAUUCAGAAAGGGCUGCUUCAAGUUGGAAAAGGUUUGCAAUUUUGUCAUAAUGAUGCCAAAAUUGUUCAUUCAAACCUGGUACCAGAAGCAAUAUUCGUAAACACAAAGGGAGACUGGAAAAUUGGAGGGUUUGGAUUUAGUACUUUUCUUACUAAUCCUGAUGCCUCCGUACCUUACGAAUACCCAGAUUAUGAUGUGCGAAUACCAAGUUAUGCGCAAAAAAAUCUUGAUUAUAUGGCACCGGAAUAUGUGUUGGAUGAGAAUCUUGAUUUUGCGAACGAUAUGUUUGCUCUUGGUUGUUUAAUAUAUACGGUGCAUAAUCAUGGCAAACCUCCAAUACAAAACCAUAAUAGCAUUCACACAUAUCGAAAAAAUAUAGAAAAUUUGUCAUCGAUUAGUUACGAACAUCUUCCCUAUCAUCUUCAUGAGGUUAUGUUUAAUCUCAUUACGCGGUACCCGUCCCAGAGAAUGACAGCAGUUGAAUUUCAGACGAGCAAAUAUUUUGAUAAUGUUCUAGUUUCAACCGUGAAAUUCUUCGAAAGUUUUCCCGAGAAAACCGCAGAUGAUAAGGCAAAUUUUAUGAAAGGUUUAAUUCGAAUUUUGCCACAAUUUCCUGAAAGGGUGUUGGUUCGCAAGAUUUUGCCUUCUCUUCUUCAAGAGUUAAAGGAUCAUUCACUUUUAGCCUAUACACUUCCUAAUAUUUUCUUUAUAGCGCAAAAAUUACCACCUAAUGAUUUUUAUGUCAUGCCAUUAAUUUAUAAUGCAUUGGAAACGAGGGUACCUGCAAUUCAAGAUAAAGUCCUUAAAGUUAUACCCACAAUAGCUGAUUCGUUAGAUAUUUCGACUGUUAAAGCUUCAUUAUUUCCAAGGAUUCAGUUUACAAUAACGGAAAAACUUAUACCUUUACUAAAAGGCAUCAAGACGAAGGAGCCUUCCGUGAUGAUGGCUACCCUUACGGUGUAUGAAGAAAUGGGCAAAUCUUCAGAAAAGGAUGUUAUUGCUACGGAAGUAAUACCACAAUUGUGGAAGUUAUCUGUAGUCCCGACAUUAAAUCUUCAGCAGUUUCAAAAAUUUAUGAACGUGAUCAAGGCAUUGUCCAUGAAAGUUGAGCAGGACCAUUCGCGUCAACUUCAGGACAUUAAGAAUAUUGAAGAUAAUACAAGAAAGUUUGAAGAAGGAGGGAAAGAUAAUAAUAGGAACAAUAUUCCCGUUGAUUUUGAAAAACUUGUUGGUUCAUCUGGAGGAAUGAUUAAUAAUAAUACAAGAAAUAGCAUCGGUAAUUGUUCUAUUGAAAUUCCACCUGAUCCUUUUGAUGCGCCGGGUAAUGGAUCGAUUUCUGGUAUAACUGCUUUAGGACCAUCUAACAUGAAUUCGAAAACAAAUAAUGAACAAAUGACACCAACAAUUCAAGCUGAUUUUUUCACAAGUAAUGGAGUCAUACCGUUAUCAUCAAAAUCUCGCAAUUCAUUAAGUUCAACGAACACUUUUAUGGGAAGCCAAAAUCAGACACUGGCACAAUCCAUAAAUUCAUAUUCUACCAUAUCUGCAUCACCUUCACUUAAUAAAAUCCCAUCAUUACCACCGCCAAAUUAUUCUUCGAAGGCAGGGACGCUUUCAUCAAUCUCUACUUCAUCAUCAUCAAUUUCAUCAAGUCUAUUUAAUUCAAUAGCAACUUCAACACCAAUGUCAACUUUUUCACAUCAAAAUUUUGGUAAUUCUAAUACAAUGAAUACGACACGUCCAUCAUCAUUUUCGAUGAAUAAUACCUCAUCUUUAAAUAAUUUAUAUACAUCCAAUACUACAAGUUCAACAGCUAAUAAUUUCAAUUCACAAAUUAAUUCGGUGUCUUUAAAUUCUUCAUUAUCAAAUAAUGACCAACUUAACCUGAUGAAGAACAUGAAUGCUAUACCAUCAUAUAAUCCUGGAAGUAUACUUCAACCUAUAAGUUCAUCAAAUAAAUCAGAGUUUAAUAACAAUUCAGGUACCAAUCAAAAAAUAAGCAAGGGAGAUUUAACAAUGUUUGAUCCUUAUUCAUGA